CCAAAUUUGAAAGAAAUGGCUAUGAGAAUCCUCUCUCUGACCUCUAGCUCUUCUGGUUGUGAAAGAAACUGGAGUGCAUUUGAAUCGAUACAUACCAAGAGAAGAAAUAGGCUCACAACGGAGCGAUGCAACAAUUUGGUCUUCAUAAGGUUCAACAAUAGGAUGUUGUCUAGGAAACAAAAGCUCCUAGAGAAGAAGAAAUGGGAUGUGCUCAUUAGCACCGAUGCUACCGAAGCUCAAGGAUUUCUAUUUGAAGGAGGGGAUGAUUAUGCAAGCGUUGUUUAUCUUGAUGAGGAGGAUGGAGAUGUUCAUCCGGGUACGGGGAUAUCAUGGGAUCUACUUGGUGAAGCAAUGGGAGCACAAGAGCAACUCCAACUUCGGAGGAGUGCAAGAGUGAGAGACCUUGAGGAGGAGGAGUUUGAAUCCGAUCAUGAUGAUGAGGAGAUAGUGGAUGAAGAUGAGAUUGAGUAUGAGGAUGAUUGAGAGGCAUUGAGCAUUUGAGCUAGUGAUCAUUGGCUCAUUGCAUGAUGGUUGGCAGCAUCAUGCCAUUAAGUGAUCAAGUUAUCAUGCAUUUGCAUUCAUGCAUUUGUCUUUUGUUUGUUAUUUGUUAUGUAAGAGACUAUGAUGGAGUGGUCACGGGUGAGACUAUUGUGGAUCGUGGCCGUGGUACUUUGGUUUGGUAGCACUAAGCAAGUUUAAGACUUUUAUUUGUUAUGUAAUAUGCUUGCUUGUGAA